GGAGGAUGAAAUACACAAAACAGUCCCCUCAGCACCAAGGGAAGGGAGCAACCACCCGAUUUAGAUGAGCUACCUUACCCAGUGCAGUGUGAGUCUGACCCAGCUGGCUUGGAUGGAGUUGUAGUAUAUGAUGACAAAACUUGGCCAAACAAUUCUCUUGUUUUCUCCAGUCAUGAUUGGGACAGCCAGCCUUCGAUCUUUGUCCCUCACAAAACCUGUCAGGGGGCCCCUGGGAACAUUCUGUCCUCAGAAAACACUUUCUACAAAGUGGAGAGUGUCCUGAUGCAGGGAACCUUUGGACAGGUGGUCAAAUGCUCCAAGAUUAGCAACUCCGAGCCUGUGAUGAUCAAAAUGUUCAAGAAAGAUCCCCAAUACAUUCUGGCUGCUCAAACAGAGGUCAACAUCCUGAACAAACUGAAGAGGCAGGACUCAGAAAAAAGCCACAUGGUGAAGUGGUACCAGGCCUUUGAGGACAGGGCCUUCACCUGUUUGCUUUUCGAGCACAUGGAAAGCAGCCUGUUGGACCGAAUGAAGGAAAGACACCCCGAUGGUCUGGAUUUGAAGACCAUCAGAUUCAUCAUUAAACAGGUGGCCUUGGCUUUAUACUACGGAAAAUAUAAGAACAUCAUCCACGGAGACCUGAAGUUAGAGAAUGUGCUGCUGGUGAACCACACAGCACAGCCUUGGACAGUCAAAUUGUUUGGCUUCAGCCAGGCUCAUGAGGUCUCAGAAGCCCACCCAGGCCGGAGCAUUCAGCGGUGUCUGCCUUAUCGGUCUCCAGAGAUAACUCUUGGUCUGCCUUAUGAUGGCGCUGUGGAUGUCUGGUCCUUGGGGUGCAUCACUGCAGCUUUGUACGUUGGUGAACACCUCUAUCCUGGAAAGAGUCCAUAUGAAAUGCUGAAGUACAUGACGCAGACCCAGGGACAACUUCCAGACACCAUGCUCAACGAAGGACUCGACACCAACCGUUUUUUCUUGAGAGAUGAUUCCACAGGCUCCUGGAAGCUCAAGCUCGCUGAUCCCAGCCAUCAUGAGGACUUCCAGGAGACAGACCUUCCGCUGAAAGACAACGGGACCAAGGUCUUGUCUUCCCUCCAAGACUUUCUGAAGCUCAAACCUCUGGACUCGCAGAGCAGAGUGGAUGAAGAAGAUGAAAUUGGCGAUAGGCGUAUGUUUGUAGGCCUGCUGGAAAGCAUGCUCCAGCUGGAUGCUGCAAAGCGACUGACUCCCCAUAAGGUGGUGCAACAUGAGUUCCUUCGCAUGUAGCACUUCCGUUCUCUGGAUUUUCCCAGUGCCUCGCCUAAAUUUGAGGUUGACACCAGCAAGCAGAGCUAAAAGAAAAAGAUGAGCCAAGAACCAGAGGCAGACCCCGACAACACCAGGAUCCGUCUCAGCAAACACUGCAGCAGCUGCCUCUGGAGCACCG